UGCCAUCAAAUGAUGCUGUUUGGAAAAAUUUCCCAGCAGUUGUGUGGCUUAAAGAAACUCCCAUGGUCAUGUGACUGCAGAUACUUCUGGGGCUGGUUGAAUGCAGUGUUUCAUAAAGUGGAUUACGAACGCAUCAGGGAUGUGGGACCUGAAAGGGCAGCAUCGGAGUGGCUGCUGCACUGUGGGGCCAUGGUGCGCUACCACGGCCAGGAGAGGUGGCAGAAGGACUACAACCGCCUCCCCACAGGACCUCUGGACAAGUACAAGAUUCAGGCAAUUGAUGCCACUGACUCUUGUAUCAUGAGCAUUGGAUUUGAUUACAUGGAGGGCCUACACCAUGUUGAAAAAAUAAGGCUACGCAAGUGUCAUUAUAUCAAGGAUGACUAUUUGGAGAAACUUGGCAAACUUGAAAAUUUACAAAAGAGCGUAUUGGAAAUGGAAAUAAUUUCAUGUGGGAAUGUCACAGACAAAGGCAUCAUUGCUUUAUAUCACUCAAGAAACCUGAAAUAUUUAUUGUUAAGUGAUCUUCCUGGAGUAAGAAAAAAAGAAAACCUUAUCCGAGCCUUUAAGACAGCACUGCCUUCUCUGGAACUAAAAUUAGACUUGAAGUAAAAUAAUCAUAU